AUGGCCUCCGCCGGAGGCUUCGGGAGGCUCUCGCUUCUCCUCGCGCUGUCGCUGUGCUCCGCGCUCUCCUCGACGGUCCGCGGCGAGGCCUCGAGGAGGUUCUGGAUCGAGGACGACGCCUUCUGGAAGGACGGGGCGCCGUUCCAGAUCGUCGGCGGCGACGUGCACUACUUCCGCAUCGUCCCCGAGUACUGGAAAGAUCGCCUUUUAAGGGCUAAGGCACUAGGCCUGAACACAAUUCAAACAUACGUUCCUUGGAAUUUGCACGAGCCGGAACCACAGAGCUGGGAAUUCAAGGGUUUCGCUGACAUUGAAUCGUAUCUAAGACUUGCACAAGAAUUAGAAAUGCUCGUCAUGCUUCGUGUAGGUCCAUAUAUUUGUGGAGAAUGGGAUUUAGGGGGAUUUCCACCAUGGUUGCUCACCAUAGAACCAGCCAUUAAACUGCGAUCAUCAGACUCAACCUAUCUUUCCUUGGUAGAGAGAUGGUGGAGAGUCUUGCUCCCAAAAGUAGCACCACUGUUAUACGAGAAUGGAGGUCCAAUUAUCAUGGUGCAGAUUGAAAAUGAAUUUGGUUCAUUUGGAGAUGACAAGAAUUACCUUCAUUACCUUGUUCAGUUGGCCAGACGAUAUCUGGGGAAUGACAUUGUUCUGUAUACAACUGAUGGGGGCACUACUAAUACCUUAAGGAAUGGAGCAAUUCUUCAAGAUGAUGUCUUCGCCGCUGUUGAUUUUUCAAUUGGUGAUGAUCCAUGGCCAAUAUUCAGAUUACAGAAGAAAUACAACUUACCAGGAAAAUCAGCUCCUUUAAGUGCGGAAUUUUAUACCGGAUGGCUAACACACUGGGGUGAGAGUAUUGCUACAACAGAUGCCAGCAGCACAGCUAAGGCUCUUAAAAGUAUUCUAUGCCGCAAUGGUUCUGCUGUACUCUAUAUGGCUCAUGGAGGGACAAAUUUUGGGUUUUACAAUGGAGCAAAUACUGGUCAAACUGAAUUUGAGUAUAAGGCAGACCUCACAUCUUAUGAUUAUGAUGCGCCAAUUAAGGAGCAUGGAGACGUGCAUAAUCCCAAAUACAGAGCAUUGAGAAGAGUAAUACAUGAAUGCACUGGCACUCCUCUGCAUCCACUUCCUGCCGACAUUGAAAGAGCAAGUUAUGGGCUUGUGAAAUUACAAAAGGUUGCUUCUUUCUUUGACAUAUUUGAUAAGCUUUGUGAUCCACUGAAAGUGGCUGUUUCAGAACAGCCUCUGUCUAUGGAACUGACAGGCCAGAUGUUUGGGUUUCUACUGUAUGUGUCGGAAUACCAAGGAAAAGGUCCUUACAGCAUCCUAUCAAUUCCAAAGGUACAUGACAGAGCCCAGGUGUUUGUGGCAUGCUCACUUGAUGGCGUCAGAAAUCAAAGAUAUGCUGGCGUUAUUGAAAGAUGGUCUAGUAAAACCCUACAGAUACCAACCUUAAACUGCUCUUCUAAUAUCCGCAUAUCUAUCCUGGUAGAAAAUAUGGGCCGUGUAAAUUAUGGGCCAUACAUUUUUGACCAGAAGGGGAUAUUAUCUACUGUUGAAAUAGAUGGUGUUACUCUCCAUCACUGGAGAAUGUAUCCGUUAUCGUUCGAUUUACUGGACAACAUUCCGAAAUUCCAACCAAUCCAGCAGAUCACUGAUGCCAGAGCUAGAAAAGUGUCCAUUCAUGGUGAUUCACGAAAUAAGCUACGUGAUUUGUCAUUCUACCUAAAUGGCAAUUCAGAAGAGCCAGAAUUUUAUGAAGGCCAUUUCCACAUUGACUCCAAUAGCACGAUAAAGGAUACAUUCAUAUCAUUCCGUGGUUGGAACAAAGGGGUUGCUUUUGUGAACAACUUCAACAUUGGAAGGUUCUGGCCGGUAAUGGGACCACAGUGUGCUCUUUAUGUUCCUGCUCCAAUCCUCAGAUCUGGAGACAACAUUGUUGUAGUCUUCGAACUGCACGGUCCAAAUCCUGAGCGUACUAUCAACUUGGUAGAAGAUCCAGAUUUCACGUGCGGUCCAAAUCGAUGA